UUCAUAGUUAUGGGCGUCAUGUAAUGAUAUUGAUAAGCAAGAAAAGCUUGUACAACUUCAAUGCUGGCACACCCUGUCAGUGGAAGUCUGCAGAAUAUCAUACGAAGUCUGCUGGUUGACAGAAGACGCACGGACCAACGCGGCGAGGCAGUCGUCUGGUGAAAAGGGAACCCGACACGCUUCCCGCCGCCAUGACGACCAUCGUGAUGGAGCGAAUUGGGCGCCUCUUCAUCAGCCUGCAGCACAUCAAGCAGGUCCCUCGGCUGCUGACCUCCGAGGCAUCGCCCUCCAUGCCCGGCACUGUGCGCGACACUGAGGUGCCCCACUUUUUCCGCGAGCGCUACGUUGGCACCGGCUACCGGCCCCUCCAUCAGUGUUGGCGCUACUACUUCCUGUCCGCCUUCCACCGCCACAACGAGACCAUCAACAUCUGGACGCACCUGCUGGCCUUUCUGGUUCUCCUGGCCAAGACGAGCGACGUGGCACAGUCGGUGGAUUUGGCACAGGACCGGCACGCGUGGCCUCUGUUGAUCCUCAUCCUGUCUGCACUUAACUACACGGCGUGGAGCGUGGUGGCGCACCUCCUGGGCGGCAAGUCAGAGAUGUGCCACUAUGCCUUCUUCUUUCUGGACUACGUAGGCGUGGCACAGUACCAGUACGGCAGCGCCGUGGUGCACUACUACUACGCGGCUGAGGAAGGGUUCCAUCGGUGGAUGGGUCCCAUCUUCAUGCCCGUGGCGGCUUUUCUCAGUUGGCUGUCGUGUCUGGGUUGCUGCUACGGCAAAUACCGGAACCACACCCUCCCGCCUUGGGUGCGCAAGGUGGGCCAGGUGACACCAUCCACCAUCGCCUACAUGUGGGACAUCAGCCCUGUGGUGCACAGACUUCUCCUUAGCAACCUUGACAACGACCCGGCCUUCGUGCACCACCUGAGCCAGAUCGCCUUCUUCCUAGGCUGCGCCGUCUUCUUUGCCUUCCCCGUGCUGGAGCGUUGCUGGCCGGGAGGUUGCGACUUCCUGGGUCAGGGGCACCAGCUGUUCCAUAUUCUGCUUUCCUGUUGCACCCUGUGUCAGAUCCACGCCUCGCAACUGGACUACGACAGUCGGCGGCCGGUGUACACGCUGCUCCACGCCGGAGACGACGCGGCGUUCUUCGUCGGCCUCUACGGGCUGACGCUCUUCAUGUGCAUGCUCAUCGCCGCUUUUAUGCUGAGGAAGGCCAAACGGCUGCUGGACCGCCAGACCAAGUCCAAGUGAAAUGACUCAUGAGUCGCGGGCACUGAUACCACGAGUACUACUGAAAAAUAUUAGGUACACCGGAGAUAAUUACUUUUUUACUAUACCGCUCUCUUAAUGAAUUUCAACAGAGCGUACAUCGUGUCAUGUUUUGUAUUAUUUCCUAAUUAUAAUGACCGUAUGUAUUAACAUUGAAUUGGCAGUCAUUAACGCAGAAUCUACUUGACUGCAAUGGCCAGCUGGUAAAUGGGACAAUUAUCUUUCGGUACAAUACCAAGCAUUUGAGAUGUGGCUGAAACGCUUAUUAGCACUUGCUUAUUAUUAUUUAUGCUAAGAUAAGGGAAUGUGUCUUUUUAAAAGCACUUUUACGCGACUUGAAAACACUUGAGACGUUUGUAAAGAAGAAGGGAUUUCACGUGGUGUGUUUUACGUCGCCGGUAUCUUAUUGACAAUCUGGGAGGGGGGGGGAACACACAAGUGCCGUGACAUUGUUGUAACAUGUUCAUUUUAUCUCAAUGGGGCCAACUUUAGAGCUUGUUCGAAUGGGGAAAAAUCCAGUGAACGUGCCUGGAAAAUUCACACCACACCUCCAGCCGGUAUCAUUGUUAGGGAUCAUCAUGCUAAUGACAUAAUAUAGCACGUGUGUAACUGAGCCCCUGGUGUCGUCGAGCUCUAUUAUUUUCACUGACAACAAAAGUGUUGUGUAACCAUCCAAACCGACUGUUUCCACGAAAUGCCUCCACCCGCUUGAUUUGCUUUCACACAGUCCAGAAAAUACAGCGGAAAUCCCCCAAAAGUGGAGAGUUGGUCUUUGCUGUUUUUUUAGAAUCCUAAAAAAAACAUUUUCACAAGGUGACUAAAGCAAAAGUUUUCAAAAGAGUGAACGGCGCUUGUUUAUUUAACCAAGGAUUUAGCAUGAUGGUUAAUGGCUAAAAUCCUCACUGGCAAAGUUUGACUUUAUUUUAGUUUCCUCUCUAUGCUUUUUUGAGAUAAUUGACUGGAAUGAUGAAAUUCACUUUUACAAUACUUCCUAUGGGUUUUCCCCACCUUGCACUUUUAUUACACGACGGUGAAUUUACUGCAAAAGAAGUGAAGCACAUGUCUGCUUUAGUUGCCGUUCUAUAGUCAUCCUCGCAACCGCGAUAUUCGUAUGCGGCACACGGGGAGCGUGGGGCCGAUUAGCCGGCCUCACCGCGGCGGUUUCGCGCUGCUUGUUCGGUCUCCAUGGCAGCCUUCUAAAAGUCUGCGUUCCACCCGGCGUGGCCUCAGCGUGCUAUUUGCAUAUGAACGCACACCGUGUCGACGCUCCCGUGAAUGAGUGCCUCGUUGAACACGGUGGACUAAUAAGCACAAUGCGUGCUCAGGGCUGAGAGAUAACCUUUUUGUACUUGAGGGAAAAUGUUUGUACUGAAGGGAUGUGGGGAAAUGAUUUGUAAGGAAUGUAUUGGUCAGAAGCUAGUGUUUUAUAUUGUUUUAAUGCUACAUUAUAGCACACCCUUAAAAGUGACAUUUCAUAUCAAAUUGAUUUUAAUGUACUGGGUUCUUUGCUUCAGGUGUGAAAUAAACAACUAAGUAAAGCUA